UCCCCUCAUCCCAUUCCCCCACAGUGGAACUCUUAUUUAGUAGGUACCUAACCUACCUAGGUAGAUUUGCUAGUGCUAGCUACCCCACAUUCUCUUUCAACUCUGCCCCUAGAUCGGGGAAAUCUCAACAAGAUCUCACCCGUGGACCUCUCACCUUUCCUGGGCAUCUUUAUAAUAGGGAGUGUGAGCUCAAGUUGUUUUUAUUUUGAUAUUUUGCAGUUUGGAUAUUUUUCUAUUUUAAUUUUUGGAUAAGUCAAUUCCACAUAGCACAGACAGCUACAGUAGGCAACUAUAAUCCUAUAUCUCAUAUUCCCAGAUACGUCAAACAAUUUCAAAUAUACGUCUGGUCAAGGUCAAAAGAUUCGAUAUUAGUACACUGCAAAGAUGGCUGCAGCCAUUCGUGUGAUUCCAAACGCUGCUUCGCGGGCAGCCAGUCUCCUAAGAACCGUCCAGUACGCUCAUCCGCCAAAUUGUCCGUGUCAUUCAAAUCCAGGACAUCACCAUCACCAUGCAAGAAAUCAAGUUGACGCAUACGCUCAGCGUACUCAGAAUCGAAUGGGGAGACGUGGCUUCGCCUCCCCUACGGACUUUUCACAACAAAAGGAAUAUGCAUUUGAAAUGGCUGCCUCGUCCAUCCGAUUUGGCCCUGGAGUGACCCAAGAAGUCGGCAUGGACUUUACAAAUAUGGGCGCCAAACGCGUAUGCGUGGUAACUGAUUCUACUGUUCGACGUCUCACUGCGGUUAAGCAAGUAGAGGAAGCCUUAACAAGGGAGGGAAUCGAGCACGUCAUAUUCGACAAAGUCCGAGUCGAACCAAAAGACAGCUCAAUCAAGGAGGCCAUUGCCUUCGCCAAACCGUAUCGCCCCGAUGCUUUUCUAGCAGUCGGGGGAGGCUCUGUCAUCGACACAGCCAAGUUAAUGAAUCUUUACACCGAAUACCCCGAGGCCGACUUCUUGGACUUUGUCAACGCGCCACUAGGAAAUGGGCGGCCGAUUGACAGGAAACUUAAGCCACUAGUCGCCAUUCCUACCACAGCAGGUACCGGAAGUGAAACGACUGGAACAGCUAUUUUCGACCUUGUAGAAAAGAGAGCUAAAACUGGAAUUGCUCACCGUAACUUGAAGCCGACACUCGGUAUUUGCGACCCCUUAAACACGAGAACAAUGCCCUCUGCAGUGAAGGCAGCUUCUGGGUUAGAUGUCCUAUGCCACUCGCUCGAGUCAUGGACUGCUAUCCCAUUCAACGAGAGGGUACCUCGACCAACAAAUCCCAUUUUGAGGCCAGCUUAUCAGGGAGCAAACCCAAUUAGUGAUGUCUUUUCUCUCUCGGCACUUCGCAGCACCGUCAAAUAUCUUCCACGGGCCGUCAAAGACCCCGAAGAUUAUGAAGCCCAAAGCGAAAUGCUUCUCGCCGCAACCCUCGCCGGUGUUGGUUUCGGGAAUGCCGGAGUUCAUCUUUGCCACGGAAUGUCAUAUCCCAUUUCCGGUCAAAAUCCUGGUUACAAACACGCAGGAUACGAAGUUGACCAGCCCAUCAUCCCGCAUGGUGUAUCCGUUGCCGUAUCUGCACCAGCCGUAUUUAGGUUCACAGGAGCGUCUAACCCCGAUCGCCACCUCGCUGCUGCGGAAGCGUUUGGUGUGGAUAUAACCAACGUGAAGCGUGAGGACGCGGGCCUAGUGUUAGCUGAUGCCAUCACCAAGUUUCUCAUCGAACUUGGCGAUCAACCAAAGGGAUUGAAAGAGUUGGGAUUCAAUUCGAGCCACAUCGAAGCCCUUGUUGAAGGGACAAUACCCCAGGCUCGAGUUUUGAUGUUGGCCCCUGGCUUAGCUAAGGAACUUGAGCAAGAGAGAGAUCAACUGAGGAAACUCUUCGAAGAGUCCAUGCAAUACCGAUGACAAAUAUCUAAGACGAAGAUGUAUAUAUAAUGAGCAAGGCAUUUCAUGAUUUCAUGUAGAUACCUACAGAAUACAGCAUAACCAGAUAUCGCCAUGACACUAGAGGAUGAAGUGUGCAAGAUUAAACCAGUGAAUCUCAGCGAUCAUACAUACAUGCAUGCAUUUGGGCUAUCCUGAGGCUUCACCUGACAUAUUAAUUCAGCUACUAUCAAGGCCAUGAUGCGUCAAAUACCGAUCGCCUUAAUUUGAUUUAUUAUAAAUUACUUGCAUAA